GUUGAAAUAGUGAAGUUAUCAGCUUUAGUUUACGUCUAUCAGUCCGCAAACCAAAGCUAAGCACGUCUACAAGCAAUAGAAUUCCUCUAGAGAAUGGCUGGGGCAGGCCUCAACAGAUGGAGUCUUCAAGGCAUGACUGCUCUUGUCACCGGAGGAACCAAAGGAAUCGGGCGAGCUGUUGUUGAAGAAUUUGCAGAGCUGGAGGCUACUGUGUAUACAUGCUCUAGGAAUGAAUCAGAGCUUAUGGAAAGCAUACGUGAGUGGGAAAUCAAAGGUUUCAAUGUGAGUGGUUCCGUUUGUGAUGUGACAUCUCCACCACAACGGGAAAAUCUGAUGAAACGCGUUUCUUCUCUAUUUAAUGGCAAACUCAACAUCCUUAUAAACAAUGUUGGGACAAACAUACGCAAACCGACUGAAGAGUAUAAAGCUGAGGAUUUCUCAUUCAUCAUGAAUACAAAUUUAGAGUCUGCUUAUCACUUUUGCCAACUUGCUCAUCCUCUUCUGAAAGCUUCAGGAGCGGCAAGUAUCAUCUUGAUGUCUUCUGUUUGUGGCGUAGUAUCAGUAGACGGUGGAUCAAUAUAUGCAAUGACAAAAGGAGCCAUGAAUCAACUUGCAAAAACUUUAGCAUGUGAAUGGGCAAAAGACAAGAUAAGGAUUAAUUCUGUUGCACCUUGGUAUAUUUGGACUCCCCUUACUGAACCUUAUCUGAAUGAUGAGAAAAUCUUGAAGUCAGUGGAAUGUCGAACUCCAAUGGGACGCGUUGGGCAGCCGGAGGAGGUGCCUGCUUUGGUCGCAUUCCUUUGCCUACCUGCUGCCUCUUACAUAACUGGUCAAACUAUUUGCGUUGAUGGAGGUUUUACAGUCAAUGGCUUCUAAUUUUCAAAAAUUAAUAAAUGAGCCUUGGGACUUGGUUCAAAAAGAAAUUUGGAAAUAAAGAAGAUAGAAGAUGAAUUGCU